AUGAGGGCCGAAAACCCGUUUGCUAGCCCAGAAGACGACUACAGUCGCUUUGGGAGCGCAACAAUCAAUUUACCUCAGUUUGAUCAUCACACAAAUUCCGGUCGCUCAGCACCUCAGGCAAUACCAAAUCCUCCACGAUAUUCCGAAGUCUUCGGUUCAAGGGCAGUGAUGGAAAGACCAUGGUAUGAUCCAUGGGGAUGGUCUGGUAGGAGAAAAUUGAUCAUUGGAGCAUGUGUUGUGGUGGUGAUUGUCGCGGUCAUCGUUGGGGCAGUUGAAGGAGUCAAAGCGAAUGCUUACCCCAAUUACUCUCAACUUAAUUAUACCCUGAUCGACAGCUAUUCGGGGUCAUCUUUCUUCGAUAACUUCGAAUAUUACACGUCCACGGAUCCCACGAAUGGCUUCGUGCAAUAUGUCGACUCGCAAACAGCCUCAAUGAUGAAUCUGACUUACGCUUCGCAUUCGACUGCCGUGAUUAAAGUUGAUACCGAUACUCAAAACCAAACAAGUGGUCGGAAAUCUGUUCGCAUCACCUCGACAAAUACUUAUGACAGUGGACUAUUCAUCUUUGAUGUUGUUCACACGCCAUACGGGUGCGCAACAUGGCCAGCACUCUGGCUUACCGAUCCCUCUAAUUGGCCUGAACAUGGCGAGAUCGAUGUCAUGGAAUCCAACAAUAAGGGAACACAUGGGAAUGAUAUGACCUUGCACACAACCAGUGGUUGCAAGAUGAAUGCCAAGCGCAAGGAGGCCGGCACGGCUCAAUAUUCGAACUGUCUCAAUACCGCAAAUGACAACGCCGGGUGCAGCGUGAAAGGCAAAACUGCCACAUACGGCGAGGCAUUCAACGACAAUGGUGGUGGUGUGUACGCCAUGGAGCUCCGUGAUGCGGGAAUCCGCGUUUGGAUGUUUUCAAGAGAUGGUAUCCCCUCAGAUAUCUCAAACUCAAGUAGCCCGGAUCCUUCGACUUGGGGAGAGGCUUUGGCAGACUUCCCCAGCACCCACUGUGACAUCAGCUCGCAUUUCAAGAACCAAAGCAUCAUCGCAAAUAUCGACAUCUGUGGCGACCUUGCAGGUGCCACCUCUUAUUACACAACCCUCAACAACUGUCCAGAUACAUGCACUCAGUUUGCAGCAGAGAAUGGAGCGAACUUCACAAACGCGUACUGGGAGUUCAACAGUUUCAAGGUAUAUCAGGCAUCAUAG